AUGGGAGUUCGCCUUGCGAUAUACUUGACUUUGGCGCUUUUCAUUUCUUUUGCGUUUGCUGGCGAUGGCGGCGACUGUGGAGAAGAAGAAAAUCCUAAAAGAAAAUUUCAGAGGCUAAAACUUGCGGAAAUGAUACAUGUGAUUACUGUAGGACAUACGGCACUGACUGUGUUUGCGCAGAUGUGCGACCACAGUUUUGUGGUGACGAUCCGAACUGUGAACUGA